AUGUCAAAUUUAACUCCAAUUGCCACGUAUAAUUUGGCUUUACAACCAUUUCAACCAGUUCCUGCCAUUGAAGAUGAUUUCCCAAUUUCUAUUAGAAUCACUUUAGCUUCAUUGGACCCUGAAGCUGCCGAUGAUAAAGCUGAACCUUCAAGUUUAAGAAUUUUGAAAAAAUCAAACUCAUUGUUGAAUGAUGAUUAUUUUGAAGAUGAUGAAGAUGAUGAAGAUGAAGAGGAUGAAUUAGAUGAUGAUGAAGAAGAAGAGAAAGAAAAAUCUUCAAAGAAAUCAAAUGGUAAGAAAUCCAAUAAAAAAGAUGAAGAAGAUGAUGAUGAAGAAGAUGACGAUGAAGACGAAGAUGACGAAGACGAUGAUGUUUCUGAAUACAUUGUUUGUACUUUAUCGCCAAAACAUCAAUAUCAACAAACUCUUGAUUUAACUAUUACUCCAGAUGAAGAAGUUUAUUUUGUUGUUACUGGUUCAUAUCCAAUUCAUUUGACUGGUAAUUAUAUUGAACAUCCAGCUGAUCAAGAUGAUGAAGAUUAUGAUGAUGACGAUGAAGAUUACGAUGAUGAGUAUGAUUUGUCUCCAGAUGAAGAUGAAAUCAUUUAUGGUGCUCCAUUAGAUGAUGAUGAUGAAGAAGAAGAGAGUGAUGAAGAAGAAACUCCAAAAAUUGAAGAAAUUAUUGAAGAAAAAGAAAAGGAAACGGAAACUGCCAAAGAAUCUAAAAAAAGAGUAGCUGAAGAACCAACUUCUAAAAAAUCUAAAAAAGCUAAAAAAGAUGAAAAGAAAUCGGUUCAAUUUUCAAAAGAAUUAGAACAAGGUCCAACUGGUUCUACUUUAGUUGAAAACAACAAUAAAAAGUCUAAUGCUUCAACUAAAGAUAAAAAAGAUACUUCAGUGAAUGAUGAUGGUGAUAAAAAGAAAAAAUUCCCUACUAAAACUUUAUUGGGUGGAGUUAUAACUGAAGAUAGGAAAAUUGGUUCUGGUGCCACUGCUAAAUCUGGUAAUAAAGUUGGUAUUAGAUAUAUUGGUAAAUUGAAAAAUGGUAAAGUUUUCGAUAAAAAUACUUCAGGGAAACCAUUUAGUUUUAAAUUGGGUAAAGGUGAAUGUAUUAAAGGAUUUGAUUUAGGUGUUACUGGUAUGGCUGUUGGUGGUGAAAGAAGAGUUAUUAUCCCACCAAAAAUGGGAUAUGGAUCUCAAGCUUUACCUGGUAUUCCAGCUAAUUCUGAAUUGACUUUUGAUAUUAAAUUGGUUUCAUUGAAAUAA